AUGACAGGUCUCUUCAGAUCCCUCGCCAUCCUAUUAAUUUGCUCCCUUCUCGCUGACUCAUUGGUGAUUUAUCGGCGAAAGCCGAAGCCUCGUCUCGUCUGUCAUGAAGAAUAUGAUGACGAGCUGUCCUCGGAGAACUCUUCGGAUGGCGACGCGGACGGUUACCAAGUCACAACGACGGCAGUUCGGGUCAAAAAACCAAAGACGAGGACAAAGCGCGAGAGUGAGAAAAUCACGUUGAGGUUCGAUGAGAGAGUGAAGCGGAUGGAUUUGCAGGUGGGAUUUAUAAAUUUUUUGAUUGUAUCUUUGGAUUUUUGAGAGAAAUUCUUGAUUUUUUUUGAUCAAAAAUUUUAUUUUUUUGGAUUAAUCUUGGCGAAAUCUUGCACUAUUUUUUGAGACUUUGCUACCAAAAUUGUGAAUUUUUCUCUUUUUUGAAUGACGUUGCAAAAUGUCUUCGCCGAUUUUUAUUGAGAUUUUUCAUUUUCAGGACGGAGAUUUUGAGAUCAUUGGUGAGAAUCUGAGCUCUGAAGAAAAAGCAGCCAUCAAGCAGAAGUUGGUGCAAACCUGUAAUACGCUAAACAUCCGAAAUGUUUGA